GAUAGCAACAGAAACAAUUAACGAUUGAUGAACAGUAAUUGAUUAUCGGGAACGGAGUAGAUAUAUUGAUCCUGCAGGAACAAAAUAGCGCAUGUACAUAGAAAGGUUUCCAUCAGAAUGGCUGCCAUUUUGUUGCCUCUUCUAACCACAUGCUUGUGGGGCCUUGCUUUCUCCCAGGAUUUGGACCCAGUUCCAACCCCAACCAGCCCGACGUCAAAACAGACCAGCCACGGGGAUGUCCAGAUCCUUUAUACGGACGAGUUCAUGAAGGUCAUCGAGAAAUAUGGCAUCACUGAUGACGACAUCAUGUUCGUCACCAAUAAGUUCAAAGAGGGCAAACCUCCAACUCUGACCAAAACUAUCAAAAAUGUGGAAACGGGGGAUGAACAGACUAUUGAAGUCAAUCUCGAAAAUUUUAUCGCCGGUGGCCACGUUACAGACUUGUCGCCAAUCUUAGACUCGCCGGGAGAAUCCGAUGACAACAACACCGAAACUAAAAUCGUCAAAGACCCGCCCUCUCCGACAAGAGAAGAAAUUGUAGCGGCCCUCAAGGUCCGUGAAAGUGAACUUUUGAUUAAACUAGAAAAAAAUCGUCAGGAGUACGAACAGAUAGCGCAAGCUUUAAUGGAGGUCCGAAGGGACCUCGCACUUAAUACUCCGGAUGAGUACGAUAUUUUUUCAGAAGAACCAGCCGGCACUGAUACAGGUGACAGAGGUAGUACAUUUAUACAAUCUCCAAGAGAAGUGAUCUUGAAUGAAGACCAAAACCCGCCUGAGGUACCCCCACCCAGUCCAAUAGAGAUCCAACAAGCAAUGAGGCGGGCUCUGAUUCGUGACGCCGUCAGAAGAUAUUUCUUACGACGUCGUUCAGCAGCAUUGGCCAGGGAGUUCAUUAUCCAGCCCCCAAGGGUGACUCGAUUCAUACCCGUUCGCCGACUAACGCGGCCGUUCCGGGUUCGAAUCUACACGCGUCAAAUUAUGCCGACCACGCUACCUAUUGUUGUCGAUCGGCGUAACCCUGAAAUCGACACCAGACCUUUUGAGCCCAUCCCAAGAGUCACCAGCGUUGCAGUGGAAGAUCCAGAAGAUGACAUGAAUGAACCUAUUGAACCAACUCCAAUAGCGAUCGUAUGAUCUAAUGGUCGAUCAUACGUGUAUGCACUGAUUAUAAACGUGAAUUUCUGUAUGAUGUGUUCAAAUAUGUUCUUUUAAAAUAAUGCUUGAUGAUUAAGCGUAGCUGCGCUCAUAAGAUAUCAUAAACUUGAUGUAUGAAUAGAUUAUUACAUUGUU